CCGUACCGUUCUCUCUCAGUCUAUAUCGAACUGCCAACGUGUGUACUUUAUCGCAAUCAUGUCCAACACUAAUAUUCAUUUCACAAUGGAACUACUUAUAGAAAAUGUGAAGCAGUACCCAUGCUUGUGGGACGUGAACAAUAUUCUGUAUAGAGACUCGGAACGGAAGGACUUAAUUUGGGAGAUGGUAGCUAGAGCAUGCGGUUUACCUAAUGGAUCAGUAGCAAGAUCACAAUGGAAAAGAUUACGGGAGUGCCACAGGGAAGCGCUGCGACGUAAAAAAAUUGCUGCUGAAAGGGGCCACAUUAGAAGCACGUGUUGGAAGUUUGAGAGAGAGAUGGAGUUUCUCAUACCGCCGGAGAAGAGAGAUAAUAAUUCUUCAAAUAUGUCAUCAGCGGAUUCUGGUGUAAGCAGUAAUGUUAAAAUUGACUCGCCAAUACCACUUCCGUUUCGAGUGGAGCUAAUAAAUAAGAAUAGCACUGUUGACGACGUCAUUCACGAGAGAAGAGACAAUAAACAGACGGAAAGAGAACAAAUGAGACGGCAAGCUGUCGACGCGAAUCGUUUCCCUAACGAUGGGCUGAGCGAUUUGUUCUCCAGUCUUUGUCAGAAGACACGGGAACUGCCCAAGUAUUUACAAUUGCGGGUGCAGAGGGAAGUUUUCGAAUCAGUCACCCGUGCUGAGGAGGAAGCCUUGUCGCUUGAUCAAACCGUGAACAUGAGCUCCAGCCGAAGAUCCUCUACAUCAUCGUAUGAAUACGUAAACCCGAGGCCGGGUUCAUCUGCGACUGUUCAGCCAAAGGAUGAAGUAGACAUCGAAGAUGAAGGAAUGCAGAUUAAACAGGAGCCGUAAUGAUAGAUUUGUAAUUUUAAAAUAAGCACAUAGAUGGCGUUGGGAACAUGAUACUGCGGCCAUUGUUAUUAAUUCUCUUCCAUUAUAUGUUUUAAUUAUAUUUUUUUAAUACAAUAAACAUAUUUCACUGCUGCA